GUACUGAUAGACGGCACUGACUGGCAUCACUGCUGGGCACUGACUGGCGGCACUGACUGGCACAACCGCUGGGCACUGACUGGUGGCACUGACUGGCAGCACUGCUGGGCACUGACUGGUGGCACUGACUGGCAGCACUGGUGGGUGGGCACAGGUGGGUGGCACUGGUGGGCACAGGUGGGUGGCACUGGUGGGCACAGGUGGGUGGCACUGGUGGGCACAGGUGGAGUGGCACAGGUGGGUGCACUGCUGGGCACAGGUGGGCGGAGCUAGUGGGCGCACUGCUGGGCACAGGUGGGCGAAACUUGUGGGUGGCACUGCUGG